GUUGCCUCAACUUGAUGGGGCAACGCGUAGGCUGCGCUCUGUGUCUACCGUCUACUACGUCUACCACCAUGCUACAUCGGGUUCUCGAAAUCACGAUAUGUUGCGAAGGAAAGCGGUGCAUAGAAGUGUUGCAUAGCCGGCAAGCGUCUAGGGUCACCGCCUGGCAGCCUCAUGUCCAACAAGAGCAUAGCUAUCAUGGCCCACAUCUGAUAUAUAAUGCACUCCGUAUCUGAUCUAGUCGUGCACCGUUGCGUCUCUCAACCUCGCCCUCCAGUCUCUGUCUCCGGUACUCUUUUACAUCGCGAUGACUCACGCCACGGUACAAGUCGAUCAUAUUUACGCGGACCAGCUGUUCAAGUGCGGCGAAGGCCUACCUCUUUGGUACCCGGAACCUAGCAAGCAUGGCGAAGUGCUCAUUGGCGACGUUGGGUUCAUUGAGCGAGGCAGAUUCUAUCGCCUGUUCAAUGCUAUGCGCAGCGCAGAUGACGAGCUGAACAGAAAAUAUGGUGUUCCCGGUGGGAAUCAGUAUAAGCCCUUCGUCACGUCAGAGUAUAAUUUGGCAGAAUAUCAGAAUGCGCUAUCUCCUGGACCGAUAUGCAGCAGAAGUCUGAAGAGGGUUGAGAUGCAAGGAGAAGUUGCAGCCCACGGAUUCAAUGCAGCCUUACAAUAUCAUUGCACUGAGGAUCGAGGUGCAUUCAUAAUCCUUCAGGAUCCCGCCACUAGAAAGGAGCUGCAUCGUAGCCGCAGAAUGGCAGCAUAUAUGAGUCGCAACUUGAAGGAGUGGUAUCAUUUCGCCUCGGAGAAGCUAGACGUCGAAGUGACUCAGGAAGACAUCAUGUUCGUGCGCGGACAUGUCAAGACCACCCAAUGGGAGGUGGGGACCAUCACUCAUAGUGGUCGGGAUGCCAAGGUGUCCAUUGGUGCCGACAGCGAUAUUGCCAGCGCAUCGUUCUCUGUACACGUAGCGCGCCAUGAAUCAGGCAGCCUCCAGAGUAGGAAGGGUCCGCCUGAAGCACUGGAGCAUCACAAGCAUAAGAAUAUAUCGCAUCACCACUCACACUCGCACAAGAAGAAGCAUCAGGAAUCCCAGUCCGAUGUUCCCGCUGACACUGAUGAUGAGGCACUCGCUUCCUCUUCUCGGAGGUCUCUUUCGCUAGCUGAGCCAAGCACAUCGUCGGUGGCGCUCCCUCUUUCGCCGUCGGUUACGCAGGAAACUCCAUCGAAAGGCUCAGACGCGAGCAAUCCAGUAUUGGACAUGCCUCAGCAGCGAGCCAACGAGAAUGGCUUGCCGAUGAAUCAGUGCAUUUUCCUGCAUUACUAUCGAUUGAAGAAAAGAUUCUUCCCUCUACUGACGAAGCUUGAGGCUGCGGCAGAACCUCGCGACCCAUCGGCUCCCGGAGAUGAUGACGAGCCCGUCAUCGAGGAAGUGCCCGCGAUACAGAAGCCAUAUGACCCUCUGAACUAUGUGUUGGACUAUAUCCUCGAUCAUUCCCAAGCGGAAACUGCAGUUGCUACAGAUCGGGAUCUGAUAGACAUCUGCAAAGGAGAGAUUCCUGAUGACAUUCCUGCGUUCCUAGAAUCGGUACAGCCACAAAUUGAAGUCAACGAAGAAGGGCUUGGCAUGCUUUGGUUCCCAGAUGAUGACCGUCCAAAGGCAUCCGAGGAGCUCUCCUCCGUCGCCACAGAAGUCGACGAAAAUCCUACAGAACAACCCUCUGGUGCAAACCAGCCACCCAUCGAGAAUAACAACCCGCCCAAUGGCCCUGAGGCGGAGACACAGGAUGACGAGCAAGGCGAGAAGAAGAAAAUCAUGAAUCGCAUGAGAGCUGGUCACCUUCUUCAGGGAUCCAUACUACAAUUGCCGAACGACGCGCACUUGGGUAGCGUCUCUUCCCUCGCAUUCUCCCCGAACGGGCAAUUAGUCGCGGCAGGCUUCGAGGACGGCUCCAUCAUUUUUUGGAAUGCUAUCACUCGCGAGCGCCUGAAUUGUGUCCGAAACCACACCGAUAUCGUCUGCCAGUUGGAGUUCUCUCCGGACAGCACAAUUCUCGCAUCAAGCUCACGCGAUCGUGCUAUUAUCAUGUGGGAUGUAGCUACAGGGCAGGAGCGCGCGCGCUUGUUGGGGCACGAAGGAUUUGUCAACUGCCUCGUGUGGGCCAAUGAUGGACUUACACUUGCGUCAGGAUCCGUAGACUUCACAGUGCGCCUUUGGGACGUCGAGACCGCUACCUUGCGUGCAAAAUGCCAAGGCCAUAAUGCCCUGAUCCUCAAGCUAGCAUUCUCGCCGGACGACUCCAAGCUUGCGAGCGCCGGAGCGGAUUGCGAGGCGCGCAUCUGGGACACUCGCAACGGGACCUUGCUCACCGAACUCAAGGGCCACGAAGGAGUCAUCUACACGGUCGCCUUCUCACCCGAUGGACGACGUGUCCUUACGAGCGCGGACGAUGGCAGCGUACGCGUAUGGAAUGUCGCCACCGGUGACGCACUGGUGAUCCUGCGGGAACACACAGGUGCCGUAUGGACGGCGGUGUGGUCUUCGGACGGGAAGCGGGUCCUGAGCGCUGCUAGUGACCGUGUCGUUCAUAUCUGUGACUCAUAUGAAGGCGAACGUGUAGGCGGCGGAGAUUUGAGGGGAACGGAUGGCCUGGCGCAUGCGCCGACUUUCUCGAAGGACGCGAAGUUCAUUGCGGCGGGUGGAGAGGACUACAAGGUGAGGAUAUGGAAGGUUGACAACGACAGCGCGUUGGCGGAUCUCGACGGACACCAGGAAGCGUCCAGCUACAUCAGAUGGGCUCCGGAUGGCAAGAGCAUCGCUUCCGCUGCUGAAGACGGAGUGGUGAGGCUGUGGAACUUGCCGGCAUACGGGAUUGGAUCAGCACAAGAGCAAACGGUGGCGACUGAGUGAGUUGCGUAACGUUCCAAUACUGCGUCUGAGGCGCGGUAAGCAGUCAUACGAUUCUUUGAGGUGUGCUGUAGUCUCGAUGUUGUCACUAUAU